GUGGUCGGAAUCUUCUUUCCCCUCCUUCCCCUACCCCUUCCCUUCCCAGGAAAGGCUGAGAUCCGGCACCGGCGCCGUCCCGUGGCCGCUGCGGCUUCAGCUCCCACCAGGCCAGGAGUGCUGCUGAUUGUGACAUCACGUCCAUCCCCUUGGCAAUGGAGCUUAUCACUAGGAAGGAAGACCCAGUCGGAGAGUAGCCAACAAGAUGGGUUGCGGGGAGCAUCUCCUGAGUGGCACUGAGUGGAGGCAUCAGGGGGUUGGAGCCUUGUGAACAGGGAGCCUGCCCCCCAACACUCGGAAGGACCUGGGUUUCAGUGAUGAGACAUGGGGUAUGAUGUAACCCGUUUCCAGGGGGAUGUUGACGAAGACCUUAUCUGCCCUAUUUGCAGUGGAGUCUUGGAGGAGCCAGUACAGGCACCUCAUUGUGAGCAUGCUUUCUGCAACGCCUGCAUCACUCAGUGGUUCUCUCAGCAACAGACGUGUCCGGUGGACCGUAGCGUUGUGACGGUUGCCCACCUGCGCCCAGUACCUCGGAUCAUGCGGAACAUGUUGUCAAAGCUGCAGAUUGCCUGCGACAACGCUGUGUUUGGCUGCAGUGCUGUUGUUCGGCUUGACAACCUCAUGUCUCACCUCAGCGACUGUGAGCACAACCCCAAGCGGCCUGUGACCUGUGAACAGGGCUGUGGCCUGGAGAUGCCCAAAGAUGAGCUGCCAAACCACAAUUGCAUUAAGCACCUGCGCUCAGUGGUACAGCAGCAGCAGACACGCAUCGCAGAGCUGGAGAAGACAUCGGCUGAACACAAACACCAGCUGGCGGAGCAGAAGCGAGACAUCCAGCUGCUAAAGGCAUACAUGCGUGCAAUCCGCAGUGUCAACCCCAACCUUCAGAACCUGGAGGAGACAAUUGAAUACAACGAGAUCCUAGAGUGGGUGAACUCCCUUCAGCCAGCAAGAGUGACCCGCUGGGGAGGGAUGAUCUCAACCCCAGACGCUGUGCUCCAGGCUGUAAUCAAGCGCUCCCUGGUGGAGAGUGGCUGUCCUGCUUCUAUUGUCAACGAGCUGAUUGAAAAUGCCCACGAGCGUAGCUGGCCCCAGGGUCUGGCCACACUAGAGACAAGACAGAUGAAUCGGCGCUACUAUGAGAACUACGUGGCCAAACGCAUCCCUGGCAAGCAGGCUGUUGUCGUGAUGGCCUGUGAAAACCAGCAUAUGGGUGAUGACAUGGUGCAAGAACCAGGGCUUGUCAUGAUAUUUGCCCAUGGAGUGGAGGAGAUAUAGGAGAACUUGAUGGGCUAUCAGGAAGAGAUGGAAAUCAGAAAAUCCUGUCUCUCCAGCAGCUGGGCCCUGAGUCCUCCCCACUGUCCUUAAUACUGCGGCUUAUGUUUGAGCCAUACAUCUCCCUGCUUUUCUGGCACUGAGGGGCCCUCGGGCACUUUGCUCAACCUUUCAGGUGGGAAACCCAGAUUUCCUCCUUUUGCCAUAUUUCUUCCCCUAAAAUGUCUGUAAAUUCUCAGUCUUGGGGGGGAAAUCUCCACCUCUGUCCAUUUUCCUGCCUAAUCUCUGGUUCUAGAUAUAUUCAGAAAGCACAAAGAGAUUCAUUUUCCCUAGAGGAUCAGGGUGGAGUAAGGAAUCUAAUCAUCCCUUUCUUCCAAAACCAGGGAAUCAGAGUAGGCAGGUCUGUUGACUCUAAGCAGUAUUUAGAGGGCAGUUCUGGGGAACAGACAUCCUAAAGAAAGGUAAGGGUGGAACCAACCCUAGAAAUAGUGAGGCCUGUAAUUGGCCAUCACUGAUGGCCCUUAGGAGAAGACUGGACCUCUGUGCCAAGCAAUAUCCCUGUUCAGCCCACCUUAAAGGUGCAGGCUCCCACUGGGCCUGCAGGUAUGCAGGUUGGGAUGCCGAAAAUUUCCAGAUUUCUUCUUUCCUACACUUUUCAUAAUUAGGGAAUGACAGGGUUGGGGUUAGGGGUUAGUCUGUUUGGGUUUCUGUGUUCAGCAAAAAGCUGCUCUCUGGCUUUUGCUGAAGUAGGGUAGGUACUGCCUCUUGUGGCAUGGGCUGUAAUAGUUCCAUAGACCCCUCUCCAGCCCUGUGAUUGUAGUUAGUUAUUUUGAUAAUUUCCCUUGGCCAUUGUUUGUUUAUAUUUCACAAACCCUACCCUCUCUCCACUUUUUUUGUUGUUUUUUUUAAGAAUGGCCUGGUAUGGCUAUCCCACUUUCUAGCCCAGCCACACUGUUGGCAAUUUAAUUUAUUUACUUUUUUUUUAAGAAAGAAAAAAAGAAAAAAAAAUCAACAAAACUUAAAACUUUUCUUUUGCUGUUUCUAUUGUGGGGAUUCUGGAUAGGGUGGGACAGGGAUGGGGUCUGUUUUAUAUUUCUCGUUUUCAGCACAACCUUUGGCUUUAAUAUAGGAAGAGCCAAGGGAGUCCUUGGCUGAACUUACGAGUCUGUCCCAACCCUCCAAAACCCCAUCUGAAAUGAGGAGCUUCCUCUACUCCCUUGAUAGAUGUGACAGUCCAGCAUCAAUGCCUGUGCCCUUGGGAAAACUUGCUCCUACUCCUUCCAGGGUCUCAUCAUAAAACUCUGGAGUUAGAGUAUUAAUUUUGAAGGUACUCCCCUCAACCCCCACCAUGCCAUACACACACACAAGCUUCCUUGGAGCUAUAUAGCUGGGUUCUAAGCUUCACCAGGCAAAUGAGAUAUAAAUUAUAUUACUGUGUCUCUAAGUACAGGCUGUGCUGUGCCUCAUCCACACCCCACUAAGGACUUCAGCUCCAUUUCAGGCUACCUGGGGCAUUCCUUGAUUCCUAGGAUGGUUGGCAGAGUGAGAAGGGGAAGGAUAGUAGGUGUGAUUACUUUAAUAUGCAGGUGGGAUUGGGGUUGGAGAGAGAUAGAAAGGCUCCUCUCCACCAUAUAAUGGCUCCUUUUCUUUUUGGAGUUUUUUUCCAGGCCAGCUUGCUGUAGGUCUGGGUAGUUGGGUCAUGGCUCCAUUGGGAUUGGGGUGGAGGGAUGCAGCUUGAGGGGAGUAGGGAACAGUCAUAUGUUCCAGCUCCAGGACAUUGUGCUCAGGAAUUUGAAAACGCUGCUAUACUUAGUGUGGUUACUACAUUUCUUCCACUCCCCUUUGCCCCUGCCUGCCUUAUCAAGGCCCAUAGUCUCCUGUCCUCACCCUCAGAUGGAGCCAGGAAGCCCAGUUAAGGCUUUCCUACCCUUUGCACUAGUGUCUGCAGGUUGCUGGUUGUGUUGUAUGUGCUGUUCCACAGUGUUGACUGUACUAUUAAUAAACCUUUUACUCAACUCU